UUUUGUAACAGAAUGAGACUAAAGAUUUGGAGACCUACUGUUUUGUUUUGAUGCAGGUUUUGAUUUGGGCCUUGAACCAAAGAAUUAAUUAAUGGCAAAGAAAUCUAAACCAGGAUCUCUCUCUGUCUACCUUUACGUCCCCAACAUAAUUGGGUAUAUCAGAGUUCUUAUGAAUUGCUAUGCCUUCUACAUAUCCCAUUCAAACAAAGAGCUUUUCUCAAUUUUAUAUUUUGUUAGCUUCGUAUGUGAUGCAUUGGAUGGUUGGUUUGCCCGGAGACUCAAUCAAGUUUCAACAUUUGGAGCAGUUUUGGACAUGGUGACUGAUAGGUGAUCUUACUAUCCAUAUAAUUAAUCACCAAUGAUCAGCUGUUUGGCUUGUGGCUUUCAAUGUUAAGCAGUGUCAUUUUAUUCCGUUCCAGCUAGCUAGCUAUUCUGAUUGUAGAUUUUUUGCUUCAGGAUUAGCACGGCUUGCUUGCUUGUAGUUCUCUCUCAAGUGUACAGGCCUGGCUUGUUUUUCAUGUCCUUGCUUGCAUUAGAUAUUGCCAGCCACUGGUUACAGAUGUACAGUACUUUUCUUGCAGGUAAGGCCAGCCAUAAAGAUGUAAAAGACAGUAGCAGUUGGUUAUUCAGAUUAUACUAUGGUAAUCGGAUGUUUAUGGGUUAUUGUUGUGUUGCAUGCGAGGUUAUUUACAUAACUCUGUUUCUUCUUGCAAAGAGUCAGAAUGAGAAUAUGAUUGAUGUUUUGUUAAACGCUGCCAGAAAGAACACAAUCCUUGCUUUUUUACUCGCUGUACUUUCUGUUGGAUGGGGAAUCAAGCAAAUUGUGAACAUUAUACAGCUGAAGACAGCUGCAGAUGCAUGUGUGGAGUAUGACAUUAACAGAAAACAGAAGCGAUGAUGAUGUUCAUGGAAAUCUUGACUGCUCGUAAUUGACAUCACGUUUAGUUAGAUACUGAAUUUCAUUGAAUUUCUUUUGUCGAUUGAAAAAAUAGACGGUAUACUAUACUACUGGUUUCGCAACACUUUUAAGGUUUAUGCCUCCCUAUAUUUAUUUUUCUUUCCUCCCUCUGAUAUCAUUUUUUAUUCCACACAGUUUGCAGGUAUAGAACAAAGAUAGAUAAUCUUGCUGUGAGUUUUAUGUUUGGGUUUUGUACCA